UGCACUUCACCACCGCCCAGAGACCAUCUACUCAAGAGUCGGGGAUAAUAGCGUUGGAUGAGGCAGGCGGACCGGAGGCGGAAAGCCCGGAGUGACCUGAGGAAGACAGUAUUACUACAGGACUGCAGGCUGCCGCACUCCUCUCUGAACGUGGACAAUCAUGCAUGUGCUCUUCUGGGGCUGGGGGUUCCUACUGUUCCCAGAUUUUUUGAAUGUAGUCGCAUCUACCGGGAGAUUACUUUUGAAUUCAAGUACAGUGAAAGAGGAGGUGGGCUCCUAUGAGAUUGUAACACCGCUGCGAGUGAAUGAAGCCGGUGACAAGUUUCCAACCAGUGUGCACUUCAAGAGGAAAAGGCGAAGUCUGGACGAGACCACCGGCAACAACACGGAUCACUGGGCCUCGCCAAAUAUCCACUACAGGAUAUCUGCUUUCGGACAGAGCUAUCACCUCAACCUCACGCUGGACUCGGGAUUUAUUGCACCUUUCUACACUGUGACAAUACUUGGAGUACCCCGAGGGGACAACGUAACGGAUUUAGCAACAGAUGCGGAGGUGGAGGAGGAGGAGGACACGGAGUUAAGGCACUGCUUCUAUAAAGGACAUGUCAAUGCACAAGCAGAGCACGCCGCGGUCAUCAGCUUGUGCUCCGGACUGCUUGGCACUUUCAGGUCUCCAGAAGGGGAGUAUUUUGUGGAGCCCCUACACAGCUAUCAAGGAGAACACUAUGGAGAGGAACACAUAAAACCUCAUAUUGUUUACAAGAAGAGUGCACCCAAAAAACAGACAUCUGGGGAGAACUCAGCUUGUGACAUUUCAGGACACAAACACAGACAAAAGAGGCACAAGCUGAAGAGAAGGCCAGCGGCGGAGGUGAACACUGUGUCUGAAGCAUCCCCAGUGGUCAGCGCCGGUAUAUUCGGCGACGUGGAGUCGUUGAGUUCCAGUGUGGUCGCCGAUGCUUUACUCAGAUCAGAGAGCAGCGGCAGUGCCAGCGCUAGACCAUCAAAUGAUAGCAGCGGUGACUCAGGACCUCACAGAAGAUCAAAACGCUUCCUCUCCUACCCGCGCUUUGUUGAAGUCAUGCUGGUGGCUGACAACAAAAUGGUGGAGCAUCAUGGCAGCAACCUGCAGCACUACAUACUCACAUUAAUGUCCAUAGUGUCUUCCAUCUACAAGGACCCCAGCAUUGGCAACCUGAUUAACAUUGUGAUUGUAAAAUUAGUCAUAAUAAACAAUGAGCCGGAGGGUCCAGUCAUUUCAUUUAAUGCACAGACCACUUUAAAGAACUUCUGCAUUUGGCAGCAGAUUCAGAACAGUGUGGACGACAACCACCAUUCCCAUCACGACACCGCCAUCCUCAUCACCAGGCAGGACAUCUGCAGAGCAAGGGAUAAAUGUGACACCUUAGGACUUGCCGAGUUGGGCACAGUGUGUGAUCCAUACAGGAGCUGCAGCAUCAGCGAGGACAACGGACUGAGCACAGCGUUCACCAUCGCCCAUGAACUUGGCCAUGUGUUCAACAUGCCUCAUGACGACAGUAACAAGUGCAAGGAGGACGGAGUUAAGAUUCAACAACACGUGAUGGCUCCCACGCUGAACUACAACACAAACCCUUGGAUGUGGUCCAAGUGUAGCAGGAAGUACAUCACAGAGUUCCUCGACACAGGAUAUGGCGAAUGCUUGCUUGACGAACCCGUUUCUAGGCCGUACAGUCUCCCCCAGCAGCUGCCUGGACGGAUAUACAAUGUCAAUAAACAGUGCGAAUUGAUAUUUGGGCCGGGGACGCAGGUGUGCCCUUAUAUGACUCAGUGUCGGAGGUUGUGGUGCACCAGUCCAGAGGGUGCCCAGCAGGGAUGUAGGACGCAACACAUGCCGUGGGCAGAUGGCACAGAUUGCUCCCCCGGAAAGCACUGCAAGCAUGGCCUGUGUAUAGCCAAAGAGCACGACGCCACACCUGUGGACGGGGCAUGGGGAGUUUGGAGCCCUUUCGGUACCUGUUCACGGACAUGCGGCGGGGGCAUCAAGAUCGCUGCGCGCGAAUGCAACCGACCUGUGCCAAGGAAUGGAGGAAUGUAUUGUGUUGGUCGCCGGAUGAAGUUCCGUUCCUGUAACUCUGAGCCCUGCUCAAAGCAGAAGAAGGACUUCAGGGAGGAGCAAUGUGCCGCCUUUGACGGCAGGCACUUCAACAUCAACGGUCUACCUCCAAACGUCCGCUGGGUGCCCAAGUACAGCGGAAUCUUGAUGAAGGACAGGUGUAAGCUGUUCUGCAGGGUGGCAAGCAGCACGGCCUACUAUCAGCUCAGGGACCGGGUCAUUGAUGGCACGCCGUGUGGACCUGAUACCAAUGACAUCUGUGUCCAGGGCCUGUGCAGGCAAGCAGGCUGUGACCACGUAUUGAACUCUAAAGCCAGGAGGGACAAAUGUGGCGUGUGUGGAGGUGACAACUCAUCCUGCAAAACUGUGGCAGGCACCUUCAACAUUGUCCACUAUGGCUAUAAUGAAAUAGUGCGAAUACCCAGCGGUGCUACAAAUAUAGAUGUACGUCAACACAGCUACUCAGGGAAACCAGAUGAUGACAACUACCUCGCCAUAUCAACUAGCCGUGGAGAGUUCCUGCUAAAUGGAGAGUUUGUGGUCAGCAUGUUCAAAAGGGAAAUUAAAGUGGGAAAUGCCGUCAUCGAGUACAGUGGCUCUGACCAUGUCAUUGAGAGGAUCAACUGCACUGACCGUAUCGAAGAGGAGAUCAUUGUCCAGGUGCUGUCUGUGGGGAACCUGUACAACCCAGAUGUCAGGUACUCCUUCAACAUCCCUAUAGAGGACAAACCUCAGCAGUUCUUCUGGGAUGCUUAUGGGCCCUGGCAGGAGUGCAGCCGCCUGUGCCAAGGAGAGCGGAAGAGGAAGAUUCUCUGUAGCAGAGAUUCAGACAGGGUGCAGGUGUCUGACCAGAGGUGUCACGGUACAGCCAGACCUGCCGUCAUCACUGAGCCCUGCAAUACUGAAUGUGAACUCAGGUGGCACGUGGCCCGUAAGAGUGAGUGCACAGCUCAGUGCGGUCUUGGAUAUCGUACCCUGGAAAUAUACUGUGCCAAAAUGAGCCGUACAGAUGGCAAGACCCAGAAAGUUGAUGACCGCUACUGUAGUGGUCAGCGCAAACCUGACGACAAGGAAGGUUGCCACGGCGACUGUAACCCGGGUGGCUGGGAGUACUCGCCUUGGUCAGAGUGCUCCAAGAGCUGUGGUGGGGGCACCCGCCGUCGAGGGGCAGUGUGUCGAAAGGCAGCUGAGGCCGGUGGUGAUGAGAGCAAAUGCAGUCAAAGGGACAAGCUGACCGUCCAGUCCUGCAAUGAAUUCCUCUGUCCACAAUGGAAGACUGGUGACUGGUCUGAGUGCCUUGUUACAUGCGGGAAAGGCUACAAGCACCGUCAGACGUGGUGUCAGUUCGGCGAGGACCGUCUUGACGAUCGCUUUUGUGGCUUGUCCAAACCUGAGUCAGUGCAGACGUGCCAGCAGCAGGAGUGCGCAUCUUGGCAGGUCGGACCCUGGGGACAGUGCACUACCUCGUGUGGGCCAGGCUACCAAAUGAGAGCGGUGAAGUGUGUGGUCGGCUCUUUUGGUACUGUCAUGGACGACACUGAAUGUAACGCUGCCACCCGACCCACCGACACCCAGGACUGUGAACUGGCUCAGUGUCCCAGCAGCCACCCUGUUCCCCCAGGGACCAAAGUCCCCUCCCACCAGGCCCACAAAACCCAGUGGCGGUUUGGUUCCUGGACUCAGUGUACUGCCAGCUGCGGCAAAGGUACACGGAUGCGCUAUGUGAGCUGCCGGGACAACCAGGGUGGUGUGGCAGAGGAGUCGGCUUGCGCCCACUUACCAAAACCCCCUGCCAGAGAAGUGUGCUCAGCAGUGCCUUGCGGACAGUGGAAAGUGCUGGAAUGGACAGUGUGCUCGGUUACCUGUGGCCAGGGGAAGACGACACGGCAGGUACUGUGUGUCAUCAGUGACCAGGAGGUGAAUGCUAGUGAGUGUGACCCAGACGAUCGUCCAACCACAGAGCAGGACUGCGCUAUGUCUCAAUGCCCGUCCCGCUCCAGUGAGUCCCGACCUUUGCCGUCCUCACCAAACGCCAGCACCAGGAACAACCUGCCCCAUAGCCAAUCCCACCAAUGGCGGACCGGACCCUGGGGCGCGUGCUCCAGCACAUGUGCAGGAGGUUUCCAGCGGCGUGUGGUUGUGUGCCAGGAUGAGAACGGCUACCCUGCCAACAGCUGCGAGGAUCGCAGUCGGCCCAGUGAGCAACGGUCCUGUGAGUCAGGGCCAUGUCCGCAGUGGAUCUAUGGCAACUGGGGAGAGUGCACGAAGCCAUGUGGAGGUGGGAUCAAGACGAGGCUGGUGGUGUGUCAGCGUCCAAACGGCGAGCGUUUCAACGACCUGAGCUGCGAGAUCCACGACAAGCCACCAGAUCGCGAGCAGUGCAAUACUCAGCCAUGCCCGUCUAGCCCCCACUGGAGCACAGACCCAUGGAGCUCGUGCUCGGCCUCCUGCGGACGAGGCUUCAAGUCCCGUAAGGUGAGCUGUGUGACCGGAUCCGGCCGCACCGCUACCGAGGAGAACUGCCGGAGCCUGUCCCCCAAACCCGGCAAGCAGAGGCGCUGCCAAGGCAGACGAUGCCCCAAGUGGAAGACUGGCAACUGGGGAGAGUGCUCUGCGUCCUGUGGAGACGGGCUCCAGCGUCGGGAGGUCUUCUGUCAGCUUGGAGACCGACGCAGUCCUCAGGAGAGCGGCUGCUCACAGCGCUCCAGACCUCCAUCCAGCCAGAGCUGCCGGGCCGCUGACUGUCCCUCCCGGUACCACUGGAAAGAAGGAGAGUGGCAGCCAUGUAGUAAGUCAUGUGGUGUGGGCCACAGACAGCGAGCUUUGCAGUGCGGGGACCACAACCAGCAGGAGGUCCACGAGAUGUACUGUGUGAAGCAGAUCCGACCUCCACACAUAGAGAGCUGCAACACCCAGGCCUGUGAACUCAUCUGGAUCACAGGGGACUGGACUGAGUGCUCGGCCAGCUGUGGCCAGGGCUACCGCCAGCGUCUGAUCUCCUGCAGCGAGGUCCAUAUGGAGACUGACAACUAUGAGUACGGCCAUCAGUCUUUGUCCAACUGCCCCGGGACCCCUCCUGAGAGCUACAUGCCUUGUAAUCUGGACCCGUGCCUGCCUCCACAGGAGUGGAGGGUUGGAAUCUGGGGAGAGUGUCCAGUGAGCUGUGGUGACGCAGUCAUGGAGAGGACGGUGCAGUGCCUUUCUGCAGAUGGUCAGGAAAGCAGUCGGUGUUCUCCUGACGCAAAGCCAGAAGCCAGAAAAGUCUGCAGAAAUCCAAACUGCCGUUUGCCUUCCAGCUGUCAGGAGGUCCAGAGCAUGAACCAGCUCCUCCCAGACAGAGAACACUUUCUCAAUGUUCAAGGAAAAGCACUUAAGGUAUACUGUGCAGGAAUGCAGACAGAGUCUCCUCAGGAAUACAUCACCUUGAUGAUGGGAGAAGGGGAGAAUUUUUCAGAGAUCUUUGGCUUCAGGCUGAAUGACCCCACCCAGUGCCCAGCAAAUGGCUCCAGAAGAGCAGACUGCGACUGCCGAAGAGAUUACACCAAUGCUGGCAUCACCACCUUUUCCAAAGUUCGCCUGGACAUCAAUAAGAUGAACAUCAUCACUACAGACUGGAAGUUUGCGUUCACCCGUGAAGGCAAGAGAGUUCCAUUCGCUACAGCUGGAGACUGCUACAGCGCCGCCCGUUGUCCACAGGGUCAGUUCAGGAUCAACCUCUCAGGAACAGGUUUGAAGGUGGCUGACGACACCUCGUGGAUCUCACAGGGCAACUACGCAGUGACUGACGUACGGAAAUCACAGGAUGGUAGCAGAGUGUCAGGAAUGUGUGGAGGCUACUGUGGUAAAUGUACACCGUCCUCUGGCUCCAGUCUGCCUGUAACCAUGGAGACGACCUAAUGCUAUCACACAGCAUCUAUUCUCAUUCAUCUCAGCUGCAGUCCUCUCCAGGUGUGCCUCUUGUCCACACCCCCCGUCUCUGUGGUGCUACAGUCCACUCACAGCUCAAACCCGUCCUUCAUGCGACCUCUGUUACGCCCACGUGUGUAUAAUGUAAAUUAAUCAGGUGUAAGUACUGUACAUAGCGGGAUCAAAAUGUCUUAUUUAUUGUACUCUCCAUUUAUUUUUGUAUCGUAAUGUUUAAUUUAACAGUUUUGUUGUCAAUACUGAACACAGCACACUUGCCACUCAGAAGAUUUUGUUUUUUAUUUGCCACACAUGUGCCUUCCAUGUUGGAUGUUGGACUUUGCAGUCCCGUCGUUACUCCACUGUGUCACCGCCAUAUGCUCCUUUCUGGACCAGUUUAAUAAGUUGUGUUUGAUCCAAUGAUGUUGUGAUUAUAAUGGUGUGCAGUCCUGGUGUUUAUAUGCAGCGAGGUGUCUCUAAUCAGUGGGGCUCUUUUCUAUCAACCUCCAAGCUUUCCGGAUUACAGGUGCUAGAAUCCUGUGCUACACUGGGUUGUAUAAGAAGCUCCUUAAAAAGACGUUAUUGUCAGUGAUGUUUUUUUUCUACGAAUGUCUCAUUUAGUCAGAUGUUACCAGUCGAGAGGUCCUUCCUGUCUCAAGUGUGCUUUUAUCAGCUGUCAUUCCAGCUAUGUAAUUCUUACCUCAGUAAACCUCGGCUGUGUUUGUAGCCUAUCACAAUCAAACCCGCUGGAAUGUGCGCGUCCGUGUCUGUCCAGCUGUUUACCGCAGCUGCAGGUCCUCGUCCUGUCAGAUCGGAGACGGGGCUUUUUUAGGAUCAGCUGUGAUAAUAACACUGCAGGAAAAAGCCAGGUGUUACUUCCAUGACUCCAACACCUGCAUUCGUAAAAUACGCUCAUACUGUUAAAAGUCCCUCUGGGAAUAAAGUCAGUUCAUUUUCUUUUAAGUUAGUAGAAAACAUUAGGUGAAAUAGUUUGAUACACAAACAGUGCUUUCUCUGAAAUAUGAUCCAUACAUCAGCAUUAAUACUGUAUGUGUUCAGGUGUUGGAAGAUCUCCAUUUCAGUGCCGUAGGAAGACACUAGAUAUAAACAUGUGUGCACGUGUGUCUGUACCUUUUCCAGUACAAACACUGACCUUGUCAGGACCAGUAGAUGUCAUGGGGACCAAAGUGUGGUCCUAAUGAGACAAAUGUUAUUUUCUGAGCUCCUGGUUAAGGUUGGAGGGAAGAUGUGAAUUGGUCACAAUGAAUGGAAGUCAAUGCAGACUCCUAAAAAUGAUAAUAAUGUGUGUCCUUGGAAGUGCACAUGCAAUGAGUGGGGUUAGGAUUUACAGCUCACAUCUAGAGAAGUUUACCCAUACACAAGCAUACUGACACGUAACAAACACACACACACAUCUUUAAAGGAAUCGUAGAGAUUACGCUGCCAGACUUCAGAGAGCCCCUGAAUUCCUCUGCGUAUAUCUCAGGUGGUGUGCAGUGACCAGGGAGAGCUAUUAGCCUCUUAGCUUUUUACCGAGGGCAGGUUAUCUUAUCUGGAGCAGCUUGAAAGAAUUCAGAAAACAAAGACUUCACCUCGGGCCGAUUCAAAUUCCGGUAUAGAUGCUCCGUAGAUUUAAUGCACUGGUCCGACCCUGGAGACACCCUUCACACUGCUGAGCUCCCAGGCCCCCGCAGCAUCGCGUGGGUCCAGAUGCUGCCUGGAGACCAGCUCAUGUACCUCACAUUCUCCUCUUUCCAUUUGAAAUCUGUCCAAACUGUACAUAUGAACAGGCUCCUGUCAUGGACCUGUUGUUGUGACAAUAUCAGGGUACUUUUUAUUUGGUGUAUGUAUGUUUUUGCAUCUUUUAACCAGUUUAAUGCAGUUUCUUGAUUUGUAUUCUUAAAGAGACACAAGCAGAAAUUAUUCUUUGCAUUCUGUAAGCCGUAGUGUUGGAUAGAGUAGAUAUGUAGAGUACAUUUUACAUGUACGGCUGAUGAAGAAGCCAUAUUUUAUUAACUUCAGCCAAAGGGAAUUUCACACAAUUUUAAUCUGCAACUUUACACAUGUUGAACAAUGUCUAACAGCGCUGCGGAAGUUGUGUGUCUUCAAAAAGGCACUUCACUUAUUGUGAAUGUCAGUUCAGUCCACAGAGUUCUCAGGUGUCACACAGUCAAUGAAGGGAUUAUGAUGUGAUAUUUAUGUGUAUUUAUCUUAUGUUACAUAUUUGCCACGUGUUUAUCAGGUAACUGAACAUGUAUGUUUGAAGUGUCUUUGCAUACACUUAUUUUAUAUGCAGUAUUUAUUUAACCUUUUUUCUAUGUGAAUGUACAUAAAUGAUUAUGAAUUACCAUGCAGUAUUAUUGCCAUAAAACGAACUGUCUGGCAACACACCAACUAUUUGUGAAUACAUUUAUUUAUAUGUUCUGUACGUCUCAUCUGCAUAAACUUUAUUAGCAAGUUUUGGUGCUGCCAUAUAAAAAAGCAUGAUAAAUGAUCUUGUGAAGUCGAUAAUGAGAAGAAAAUAAAAA